ACAGUCUUCCGCAUUCGCCAUCCAAGUGUGAACUCUAUUUAAAAGAUAAGCCUAUAUUGGUGUUAAAAUAAUUUCCACGUGAACCUCAAACGUAUUUCUUUUAGAGUAGACCAGACGUGUAUCGUGGAGGUAUGUUUAAAGUAUUUCCGAUUCGAUGUAACUUUACCUUGUUUACACUGUCCAGUCAUGAGUCCAUUGUUCCAAUCAGGUUUGCACAAGAGAGCGAUUUUUUAACCCUUUUAUUUCUAGCUAUGCAUUCGUCUAUUUAAUUAUUGACCACUACUAUAACGUUUUUAGUUUAUUUUAUUGUUUUAUAAGAGUUUACAUGUGUCUGAUGCAUCACUAUAAAUGUAUCUUUAGCAGUGAGUUUUUUUAAUUCUGGAUGUCAUCUAUUCUAAAACGCUUGAAUACACUGUAAUGUGACAAAUUAGUUACUGGUAAACGUUUUGUGUUAAUGAUUCACUAGUUCCCAACGAAUUCCAAUCAACGUGUUGCGUAAUCGUGCAAACUUUACCACAACUAACUGGUCACUUGUAGUUUAGUUUUGCUGAUUUAGAAACGCGUAGUUUUGUUAUUUGUUUUGUUUCGCUUGCGCUGAAGUAAUAAGAGUGAACUAUCUUGAUGAGUCAAACAUCUUUGGUUGCUCAAGUGACGUAAGACGUAUACAGGAAGUACCGGUCAAUACUGUCAGAAUCGAAAUGGUACUCGGUUGAUGGUAGGCUUGUCAAACUUUUCCCUCGCCAAAAUUGUUGUUAGUUAAACAUUUUCUCUAUUCGAAGCGUGACUUUAAUGAUGUUGGACGUUUUGACAUGGCGAUCAAAUGCAGCCUUAGUGCAAAACUAGUCACUAGCUUCAGUCCCUUUGUCCACCAUAAAUAGAAGCGACAACAGUGAAACUCCUAUUUUUAUUUUGUUUUAUUUAAAUUGCUCGGAUUAUUUACAAGAUUACAUUAUUUUUAUUCGUAACGAGUGAUCGGGUUUUUUUUCUGUCGUUAGCGGAGGGUGCGUCUGGAUUGCUCUGAUAACCAGCUUCAAUUGACGCAAGUACGAAUUUAGCUCCAAGUCACAAUGGAAGACGAAGCGUUUGCGCAGAUAGUGAGCGUAUUCAACUGGCUUGUGUCGUGGGUGGCGGCCGGUGCAAUGAUGUUCGGCGGGGUGGUUCCCUAUAUCCCGCAGUACCGGGACAUCCGGCGCACGCAGAACGCCGAGGGCUUCUCCACCUAUGUGUGCUUAGUCCUGCUGGUGGCCAACAUUCUACGAAUCCUCUUCAGGUUUGGCCACUACUUCGAGACGUUGCUUCUAUGGCAGAGCAUUAUUAUGAUCGCCACCAUGCUGGCCAUGCUCAACCUGUGCACCAACGUCCGUGUGAAUGCUGAACUCAACACCAAAAGGCGAUCCUUCCUAGCCUCAGAAAUUAAGGACGAGGAGGUACGAAUCCCUAAGAGGCUUUUUCUGGACUUUGACUGGAACUACUUUUGGUCGUGGAGCCGCUUCCUGGACUACGUUCAGUGCGUGGCGGCCUUCACGCUGACGGCGGCCUACGUCACCUACGUGCUGCUGGACUCGUCCGUUUACGUGGAGACGCUGGGCUUCUUGGCGGUCUUCUGCGAGGCCAUGCUGGGAACGCCGCAGCUCUACUGCAACUACCAGAACAAAUCCACGGAAGGCAUGAGCGUCAAGAUGGUAAUGAUGUGGACGAGCGGCGACACCUUCAAAACGGGCUACUUCCUCGUCACCCAAGCCCCCGUGCAGUUCUGGACUUGCGGCAUGCUGCAGGUCCUGGUGGACUUUGCCAUCCUGUUCCAGGUUUUCUAUUAUAGCUUCUACCCCCAAAAGCCCGUUUCGCACGCCGCUUCCCACACCACCAGCGCCAAAGCCCUCUGAGAUCCCAGCGUCAACGGGAAGAACUUUGACCGCACCGAUGCCUCGAGAACUUGUUACAACUAAACCGCGACAUGCUUUUGGAUAUUUCUAAUCUUUAAAACAGCACAGUAUGAAAUCGGCGCCAUUUAUCCAACUUGUUACAAUUUUGAUACUACGCCGGAAGACGGAAGGAUUGUCCCCACUACCCCUGACAUGAACCUUCACCCCCUAACCUGGAACUAAUCCAUACCGUGUCUUUGCACACUGUUGACUGAACUGAACCAAAUUUUAAGGUUCAGGCAUGUGGAUUGACUGUUGCACCCCCCCUCCCUCCUCCUCUGCCUUAAAAGAGCAUUACUGAAUAUAUCCUCCCCCCCCCUCCCCCCUCCCGCUGUUGCAUGCUGGUCAAUUCUAACCCUCGCCGCUCUCACGCUCCCCACGCUCCCCCUCGGCACACUCAAAGGACCCGAGACUAUUAAACUGGACCAAAUAGGACAAUGACCUCGGGGCGAUUUCUCAAAUGAGGAGUUAUCCUCGCUUCAACCCGCUUUUGGACUUGUACCCAGAAGGACCUCUUGAAGUAUUUACGUGUCAGAAGAGGCAGGAAUUAACGAAGCGAAGGGGCUUUUGAAUUAUGCUCAUUGCAAGCGUCAAAGACAUAUCUGUAUAUCUUCUCAGCCGUCAUGCUACCAGAGCAUUUGAUUGAUUUCCUGACCCCCCUGCCAACUUCAUAACUCCCCUUCCUUGUCCAUCUCAUUUCCUGGAGCUGUGUUCCAUAUCCAUCUUCUUACACGGAAAUUCAUUUCCUGUUCUGUGGAGCUGGGCGUGAUCCACCCACAUAGGCAAUUCCCCCUUUUUGAUAUUAUUUCCAAAUUCAUUUCUUGCAGCAAAAAAACACCUCGUACAACUCAAUAUCCAAAUUGUCUUUUAAUCGUUUUCUCUUUGCUUUACAUGCUUCUAUUCAAGCGUAUCUUGUUACCUCUAUAUUAUCUACCAACAAUAGAGUCGAAAAAAAAAUUGGACCAAAUAGGCUCAGCCGGUGUUUGUUUUGCAGAACAGCCGCCAAAUGUUUGCUUGUGUUGUGCAAUUAUGUAUUGAAUUUCAACAUGUUAUACUACAAAUGUGCUUUGUGUUCAAUUUCUAGCAAAUAUUAAAAGCAGUUUUAAAGCAAUUAUAAAGCUCCACCUAACUCCCAACCUGAACUCUUUCCGUAUUAGGAGCUGUGACAUAUUUAAAAGAACCAGAACAGGCUUACAUAAGUGAAUUGUGCACAAACUGUCAAUUUUGAAAGUAGCUCGCGAGUUGCGAAGACAAAGUCAGUCAGUUGGAAACGGCGCCCAAAAAGUUUUCCUCUUUUAAAACCACUGCUUCAAACAAGAUCAAUUUUAACAGUGGGAACUUUACAGAAUACUCUCUAUGGGGGUGGCAGAAAAAAAAGAUGUUUUUGAAUGGAUCAAGACGUUCAUCCUUGCUUUCAUCGUUUUUAUUUCUGCGGAUAUGUUUGUUUGAAGGGCACCGAUGUGAAGUGUGCGUGUCCAUGAGGCGAAUUUAUUCCGUGUAUCUGGAAACCUUCACCUCAAAGGAGACGCUGUCACGGUUUAUCAAAGUUGCCCACAUCACACGGCGAAACAUUUAUUAUUAACGUGCUGGGGAAAGAAACACGGGACAAAACAAUUUCAAAUAUUCUUAAGCACAGCAGCUGUGUAAUGAAGUGUUAACCCGACAACUUCCUGCGCCGGAAUUCAUUCGAAUCUUUAUUUUGUUCUUUAAGGGAGGCUCUUUUAAAAACAAAAUACAUUCCAGGUCGUUUCAUUCCAACCGUCCUUUUUAAACAAUAAAUCAAAAGUGUUUAUGUGCAAUAGUAUGCAUGCGUUGCCUUAAACAUGCCUGCGUGAGAUUUAAAAAAAAAAAAAGCUUUUUUUCUCCUGACAAGGCACUCCAGUCACACAAAAUCACAAACUGCCCUCACCGUUUGAGGGAAACCAUUAUUUCAACACCUGACUCGGCUCAAAGCGAGUCAGCUGUUUUUGUUUCUGCUGCCCGCCCGAGGGGCUUGUAUCAAAAGGCUUUUGUACUUUCUCUUUUGUCCUUUGUGCAACGGCCUAGCUGUAAAUAUGACUAAAGGGGUUGUCAGCGACUGAUACGCACCAAAAAAAAAAAAUAAAAAAACAUUCUUGAAUUCCCUGAAAUAUUUCACCAUUUGAUUUUUUUUUGCCAUUUUUUUUUAACAGUAAACAAGACUUUUUUUUUUUUCUGCCGCCUUGUGGCUGAUAAUUAGCUUGGCACGCUGAGCGCAUACUCAAUGUGAUAUUAAAUCAGUAGCGUCAAUAAUUCCUUUUCUCUCUCAAUCAUUCUGCUUUACAAACAAGACGGUGAAAUAUUUAGUAUUCGGAUGAAGGCUCAGUAGCCACGAGUGACUUAAGCCGUAGGCUUCUUUUUUUUUUUUUUUUUUUUUUUUUUUUGGUGAGACAACACAACAAGAAAAAUUACAUGGCAACUGUGGUGACACCACACACACAAAUGAUGAAAGCUAGUUAGCUUAGCUUGUAAUUGGCUAUCCUUCCGUGUCAAGUUAAUAUUGAUAUACUCCGCCCAAUGUUGCUUGAACUACAGUAAGUAUUUUUUCGAUUGUACCAAACUAUUUUGAUCGUAAGAUUGGUAAAAAAAAAAUGCUCAAUUUAGUCUCGCUUGUUGUCUGUGUCCAUCUUAAAAUGUCUCAUCCUUUCUUCUCCUGGAUAGUUAUUAAUUUAUCAGCCAUGGUUCCAAAGUUUGGUCCAAGCAGAAACUCCAACUCAAGUCCUUGAAGAGCAGACGUUUCCCUAGAAGGACCAGUUAAGUGCAGGCUUGCUCCCUUUGCAGAGCCAUGGACUUCCUUCUUUGUACGGCUGAGAUGGCAGCCUCGCUGGGGCCGCGGUAGCUGUCCAUCUCUUGGGAGUCCUCGCUGUUCUGCGACUUGGUGCUGUCUUGCGAGUCCGGCUUCUGCCUCAGCGCUCGGUUCUGCUCCUCCUUCAGUUCCACGUAGGACCUGGAGAAGGUGUGAAAGAUGGACGUGACGGGGAAAGCCAUGAGCAGGAUGCCGCUCAGGAUGCUACUGAGCGCCACAACCUGGCCGGGGAUGCUCCUGGGCACCAUGUCUCCGUAGCCCACCGUGGUCAUCGAGAUGACCGCCCACCAGUAGCUUCCAGGGAUGCUGGUGAACUCCUGCUUGGCGCCCAACUCGCUUUCGGCGAGGAACACCAGCGGGGAGAAGAGCGCCAUGGCCACGCACAGGAAGAGCAGCAGCAAGCCAAACUCCCGCGCGCACCUCCUCACCGUCAGGCCCAACGUCUGCAGGCCCAGCGAAUGACGGGCCAGCCUCAUGACGUAGAAGAUCCGCAGCGCCCGCAGGACACGCAGGACCAGGCCCACCUUCUCCAGGUAGUUGUUCCCGGAGCCCGCCGGCUUGCCGCCCACCGACAGCGAGUCGACGAUGAGCGUGGUGUAGUAGGGCAACAGCGCCACCACGUCGAUGACGUUGAGCGGCGUGCGCAGGAACAUGCACUUGCUCUGGGUCUGGAUGAAGCGCAGCACAAACUCCAGGGAGAACCACGCCACGCACACCGUCUCCAGGACAAAGAUGUUGAAGCACCUCUGGGAGCACUCCCCCUGCAGGGUCAACCCAUAACGACAUAAAAGUCCGGCAUGGUGCUGAUGCAGAGCGUGACGGCGGUGAUGGCGACAAACAAGACGGACAGGCAGGCGAAGAUCUUGCCCGGGAUUCCCGAGUGGGGGUUCUCCACCAUGUCCCUCAGCCUACGCAUGCAGCCGCCCUCAGGCGCGUCGUCCGGGCCGACGGCCGACUGGCAGCUCUCCUCGCUGGGCGGGGGAGCCACUGGCUCGUUCUCCUCUUCCUCAAGCCUCCGCAUCUCCUUGUACUCCUCCUGGCGAAGCCGCAGCUUCCUCAGGCAGCACCAGUCCAGUUUGUUCUCCUCCACGCCCCAGUAGAGCAGUUCCUCCUGGAAGGACAGGGCGCACAUCUCCCUGAGCAGCCGCAGCUUGCCUGCCGCCAGGAAGGUGACGAUGGUGCGGAAGGCCGACGGGCUGCGGUCGAAGAAGAACUCGUUGCGGCUUCCGUCGUAGUCGUCGCACACGUCCAUGAUCUCGGCUUCGUUGCUGCAACCCCGAAGCUUCCCCAGCCUGGUCAAGGGAAACUCGUCCAAGGUGGACCAGGGGAUGCGGUACUUGAUGCCGCCCACGUUGAUGAUGGCCACCGCGUCAUCGGCGUCCGUCUGGCGGGCUUGCGGCUUGGCCAGGCGUUGGGCCCGCUUGUAGAAGACACCCUUGUUGGCGGACACCUCCUGCGGGUUCUGCACCCGCUUGAAGUGGAAAGUGGUGAACUGGCGAUCGGCGCUGCCGGCCAGGAAAGCCACCUCCUGGUACAUGGCGGCUGCGUUGCUUCACGACGGAGGGCAAUAGGGUCGCGGCUCGUCAGCCAUUCAGCAACACGCCGCCGCUCUGUCGCCCACGCACAAACACAACGGCGCCUGCGUCAAGAAACUGGUCCUCUCCGCUCAGAGCGCCAGACGAAUGGCGGCAGGCAAAUGAGGCCGAGAGAGAUUGAUGCAAAAUAACCGUUGAGUGCUGCUGCAAUCGUCCGAGAGAGGACUUGUCACAUGAGAGCCUUUGACCAUCUGCCCCCACUGAGAGGCUUCGGACAACUUUAGAAAGGUCAGUGUCCAAUUGUGUUUAUGUUAUGUCGAAGGAUAUUGCACAAGCACGAUAAUAAACAUAUCAUUACUUUGGCAACAAUGACCAUGCAUUUCAUUUUUUUAAUUUUCAUUGUAUUUUUAAAAAUCUUGCAAUUUUUUUUUAAUAAUAAAAUCACUGGCCAUACUUCUAUUUUUUUCAAAGUCCAUUUUUUUAUAUUAAUUGCAAUCGUAGUAACUUCUAUGAAUAGUUUAUGGGUCAGAUGAUUGGAGGGCAGUUGUAUUAAAUAAUUCAGUCAUUAAAAUUAGGCUAACACUUACAAGGGUGACAAAUGUGACAAACUCUCUGUGUCCUCCGCAUGCAUCACCACACGCACGCACACACCCACUAUGCCGUCAUGUCUGUGCUCCGUUAAAAGUGUGCAUUUGUCUUCAUUUAUGAAGAAAUGUGUCCUGAUGAAGCCUCACAGGACUCAUCAAUUGAGCGCAUCCAAGUCGGAGCAGCGCAGAAAGUAGCAUCGGUGUGCACCAUUAACCCUUGUCUGCAUGUUAUUCAGCUCUCAAUUGACACGUCACACUCCGAAAAUCAUUUUGACUCCUUUCAAAGCGGGCAUUUUCUCAGAUUCACGCGUAAAAACAAUUGUCAAUGCAUUAAAAAGGGACAAAGGCGACUCACCCAGCUGGCCGACUCCGCGUCCAUCUGCUUCAACGUGUUCCACGCGCAGGCGUCAAGGCGUCGCAUGCCGCCAAGUUUCCCACGCACACGCCACGGGAAAACAGGGGGGAGGAAAGCAAGGCGAGCGCCGGCGAGUCCACCCAGAUGCGCAUUUUACGCGCACGAAGCACACGAGGAAAAACCGCACUCACACAUGCGUUCACAGAGUUCCGCUUUUUUCUGUCACGCUCCUUCACAAAGCUCAUCUGAGCGUGGACACAAAGGGAAAAAGGGAAAAGCAGUUUCCAAGAGGGUGAUGCUUCUCCCUGCGCUGUGUGCGCGCAUGUGUGUUCAGCGUCAUUGGGGUUGUUUGUCAUCCACUUCCUCUCUCUUCACUCCAAUUAAGUGGCAGACAUACUGUCAUUUAAAAGAGCUCUACUGUACAUGUAGAGAUUCACCAUUUAAAAAAAAUCUUGAGCCACUUUUGCGUUUUAAUUAUACAAUGUCACCUUGUUACAUAAGGCAUUUAACACCAAACCCAUCGUGGUACAAUGGUUAGGGCUGCAGGCUAGAAAUUGGGAUACGCUGGUUCGAAUUCUACCUCAAUUCCAAUUAAGUCAUCUAGUGCUUUCAUUUGCAGUCCAACAGCAUAUCUUUUACAAACAGGAACCGAUGUCUUGAUAAGAAAGAAAAAAAAGGGGGUUGCAAAGGGAAGACAGGGUUGGAGUUUGGGGUGUAGUCACAAAGUCCACAGGGAACAUAAGCCGUGGAAGUUGACCAAAUCACAAUGAAUGCCAGCCACCUGCCUCAGUCAUUCUUUGGUUAGUCUGGACGUAUGCAUGAUGUAUACUUAAAAGAAAUUCCCACGGCCAGAUGGACGAAUGGUAUAUACUUGCGCCAGCGUUUGGGAGAUUUUGGUUCGAGACCCGCUCGGUGUAAAAUGUACUUAAGAAAAUCCGGCUGCAAGCAUCGAAUCCGUGUCUGUUGGAUCCAGGUCCAAGCCUUUAACCACUCGGCCAGUUGAGAUGAAGGUGUUCAGGCAAUUUAUGUCUUUAAAUCCUAAGUCCGGACACGUACCCGAUAAAUAUGAGUAAAAAAUCCGAAAUCUCAGGUAAAAAAAUAGCCGAGUGGUAUAAGACUUGGUCUUGUAACCAGGAGACUGCGGUUCGAGACCUACUCCGUCAAACAUUUUCAACUGCGUGAGAUUCGAACCCCAGAUUCCUGAAUUCAAGGCAAAAUGUUUAACCAUUCGGCCAACGGGACUUUACAUCUAUGAUUGCGAUUAGUUUGUAUUUAACACUUACCAGACAAGCACGUGCUCAACACUAAAUAAAUAAGGAAAACGCACAUCACGUUGUCAACAAGCCGUAGUCGAGUGGUUAACGACGUGGUCUCCCGAUGGACGAGUUUCGGGUUCGCGGCCAGUCGCAUUCUAUUAUUCGAACAGAUAGGAUACGAGUUCUUUUUUUUUUCUCCCCCUCACCAAUUAAUGACGUCAUCACCCCAAAAGUAUAAAAGACGUCAAAGAGCGACACUCAUUCUUUCACCUCUGAGCGUCACGUCGUGCUGGUCCACCUGCACGCGGCUCUCCACAACGGCACUUAAAACUUCGAUAAGGUAAGCGUUCAUUAUACCGCUGCCUUUAAAAACUAACUGCUAUGUUCUCUUUCAGCGUCGACUUUUACUUUGGACGUGCUUACGAGUGCUAACGUGCAAGCUAAAAUGUUUGCACGAGCGUUGGCAGCUAUCGUCUUCUACGACCUUAAAUUGCAUCAAACAUUUACUUGGUGCACGUGUCGAACAAAAUCGUCUCAACGACAGCGCCGUUCAGCCGAAGAUGCAAAGCUUCAGAAUUGGCCUCAAAUGGCUUGACGUCCUGUGCUAUUAAGUUCCAAAAUGGUCGACUUGCGGCGCUUUGAGGCAUGACUUCACUUUUACAGGCCACCAAGCUGCGGUUGGAGAGAAGUCCAUUGCUGCUCAGCUCUUCACUGGUGGUGCCAAAGAACCUGCAUCCUCCAGCAUAAAUCGACUGGUGGUGCUGGUGCAGGGGAAAUGAGGAGUUGUGACCAACCUCCUGUCCAACAUGCUAACAGUGCCGCUUCCAGUAAGGGUGCCACCAAGACCUGUUGUCCAAAGUGAAUAAUUCUCAAACUGCAGAAGAUCGUCAAGGCUGCCUCCAUCUUCAAUGUUCAAGUGCAAAUAAAGCAGUCUUGGCAAAUUCUGGUUCAGAAUUGCGAACCGGAACCUUCUACAGAAUAAACAGAUUCCUUGAGUGCUCCGCUGGUAAGAGAAGCAAGGCACAAUUCAUUUCAGAUAACAUGUUUCUACACCUUAAAUUCUUUUUCUUUUUGUCAACACUGAAUCCCAUGAACUUCUUUCACACUGGUAAGUUGUUGCUUUUUCUGCACCAAAUGUUGACCUACCUUUUUGACUUACAGAUCUUUUUGUCUUAACUGCAGACAUGGACUCAUCUCCACUGGUUCCACUGGCUAACCACUUCACCACUCGUCCCACUGGCCGACCACUCGUCUCACCGGUUGACCACUUCACCACUCGUCAACGAGCAGACUGCCAUCCUACUUGAAACUGUUUUAUGAUUGAAUGUUUACUCUGCAAAAGAAAUAAAGUUUGAUUACAAAGAAUA